UUAUUCAACGGUCUGUUGUUAAAAGCACCUCAAUACAGCGUUUUCACCGGAUGUGACGCCGACUUUACGUUGACGUCUCCGCCAGUGUUUUUUAAAAAGCGGCGGUUGCGGUCGCCUCCUGGUGAAUCCGUAGCUACCGAUUCUUUAUUGCAGCUCUUCAGCAUAGUUAUAAAACUAGGAUCCUGGUGUUUUGCAGUAAGUUGUGAGCUUCUUUACUGCUCCAGGAUCAUGCACCAGCAGCAGUAUGCAGAGGAGCGAGGCCUUCUUGGCAAACUGUGUCCUGGGGAGAAGAAGCUGGAAGGGAAGACCUUCUAUCUGGACAAUGUGAAGAAACGGUCAACAGCCCUGCUUUUGGAGGCCAUAUCUCUUCUAGGAGGGAGGGUCGAGAGUUUCUUGCACAGGGAUGUGAACUUUGUUGUGACUGGAAGCCAAGAGGGCCUGAAGGAGGAGAGGUGUGUGGUUACCAAAGGAGGGGCAAAGGGGACAAACGAAGAAGCCCGUCAUCCUAUCAAGCAGCGGGAGAGUGUCCUCAGCAGUGAAAAACGGCGGCCGGGAACUCCUAGACCAAUGGUUUGCGGCAGCCGGGGGAAGGCUCUGCUUGAAAAAGCCAUUCGCAACAAUGAACGACUGCAGGGGAGCAGCGUUUUGGCCAAUGCACGAUCAUGGGGAGUGAAGAUUUUGUAUGUGGAUGAUGUGCUUUCAUAUCUAAGACAAAUGACUCGAGAGAGCUUCAGCAUGAAACACAAGAGGCAAGAGAAGAUUUACACCAAACAACAAGGGUCUCAUGUUGUCAAAGCUGCAGCUUUAAGGUCUCCAUAUCUUAAAAUUGAAGACCUAAGCAGGAAAUACAGGCCCUUGCAUAUGCAGUCUAUGACCUUCCCAUCUCUCUGCUACUUGGGACGAUUUAGUCCUUUUGAAUCUCCUCCCCCUCAGUUUGAAAAACAGAUGGAGAAAGGAGAAGAUAAGACAAGGGAGAAGAAAAAGGUUGAAAGCAGCACUCAGGACAAAUCCAUACCCCCACUCAGCUGUAACCCUUCACCAUGGCGGCCACGCAAAAAGGAGUCGUUGUACUGUGAAUGUUGUCAUCAACCCUUCACUAAUCUGGAGGAGCACUUACAGUCUGAUCAGCACCGCAUGUUUGUGCUGGAUCCCUCCAGCUACAGUGUGGUGGAUCAACUUGUGGCUGAAAUGCUUCCAGGAUUCAACCCCAAUCCAUCUCCACAACCAGAAGAAACUUUGAACAGACCACCAACUCCUUUGCCAAUCCAGGACGUCUGUGAACUGGAGCCUCUCACUGAUGUUGAGACCGAAUGUGCUGUUCAGGCCCUGCGCAGGCAAAGUUCAUCAUUCAAUACUCGCAUCUCCAGCCCUACUAGGGGUCCUCUUUCCAUUGGCCCUGCCAGCCCAUCGCCAGGAGUCCAGUUUCCCAUCCCAAGUCCAGCCUCUCCACCUCCUGACAUCCAGUCAUCCACUCCUGCAGAGAGCCACUUCCCUGACAUCCACCCUCAUCCUUCAAGCCCAGCCAUGCCUGUACUUGAAGUUGAACCACAAGCCCACGCCUCAGCCAGCCAGCAGCCGUCCCUCUACCCUGACCGCCCAUGUCCAUCCCCUGACCCUUACUCCCUUCCCCCAGUCCUGAGCCCACAAAUCCCUUAUUCCUCCUACAUAAUGGAGCCACACAGCCCGUACUCAGAGCCCCCCAUCCUCAGUCCUCAGCUAUACAUUGCAGAGGAAGCUGCAGAAGGAGUGAUUUGUGAAAUGGACACGGCAGAGAGUUUGUCUGAGUCUGUCUUAGCUGUCACAGUUCCUGUCUCCCUCUCACUUCUUCCCUCUGUGGCUGUUACAAAUACAGAAGUGAAGGGAUCAAACCAAGAUGGUCUUUUAGUAUUCACAGGGAUCAUAUAUUCCAGCAAUGAUUUGGAGUGUGAUAAGGUGGUUUCAGGUAGAUCCCGAUCCCUGCCUCGACCGUCAGCUACGGCACCUAACCCUAAAAAACGCUGUCGAUCAGCCAGCCCUGAUUGCAGCCACAGCAAAAGGAGGAGGACUACAGCGAACUUUGGUUAUAACUGUAGAUGGACUGAACAAGGAUAUAAAUCUGCAAAACCAGAAUGUGACAUCAUGGCAAAGCCUGAGGGGUGUUUAUUGUUUGACAAGGCCUCUUGUCAGAUAAUACAGUGCUGUUCUCAGCAAAAGGUCUCUUCAACAUGCACUAUGGAAACACUUGAUUUAAAACAGGCUUUUACCUCGUUUUGUUUUCCCACUGUACAGAAUUUCACUUGGUCACCAAGUCAAAUGGACAUUUUUGGUCAUGGUGGCACCUCAGUUGCUACUCCAUCAAUAGAAAAGACUAUUGAUCCUCCUCUUCAGUUCCCCAAUGAUAAAUCUCACAGUGCGUUUUCCAGCCAAGACUCUCAGCGCUCACUGUCCCACUCUACCUCAGUGUGCAUCGAGUCAGGCCUCAUCCCAAACUUAGCCACGCUCUCUCCAUCAUCAUCAGACUCUGACUGGGACUGUGAGCUGCUGUCACGGCUGGGCCCGACCUCGGCCACACCUCUGUCGCCCACUGAGCAGAGCUGUGAGCUCGACAAGGACCUCCUCCACAGGCCGUGCACCUGGAUGCACGACACCAGCUAUGAGUCACGCCUGCACACUGUCCUUCAGCCGUCAAACCCAGCGACCUCACUAUGUGGGGAGGAAAUGGACCCCUCAGUAUUUUCCAGGACUGUAGUACAGAUAGUUGAGGUUCAGCACUGACGAUUAUUUUCUUGAUCUUUUUAAAGAACUGGAAGAACCACUACUGAAAGAUGCACAAGGCACCUGGAGUAAUAAGACUUCAGCAGCUUUCACGUAUGAAUUUGCCCUUUGACACAUGCAGCACACAGAUAAUGUCCGUGUGAGAUGCCUUCUCACCUGCUGGAAAUAAUCCCUUUUAGUUUACCUGCCUGCAGGAGAACAGCACUGAAGGAGAGAACGUUAUCAACA